CUUAUUAUUGGCUACAGGAAGAAAGAGGGGGAGAACGAUCUUAUUCAGUGCUAAGCCGGCGGUAAGCCGGACUCAUUCAUUGGCCGGAAAAGAAGAGAACAUUUUUCAUUUCUUUACUGUCUUUUUUUUGGUAUUUACAUUUCUUUUACUGUCGGAGACUGAAAUUUUGAGAAAUCGAGCGAAAAACAGGGUAGAAUGCUUCGGGUCUUGAACGAGAACACAUACACACUCAUUGGAUCACCACUCUUAAAUAAAUAAGCAAAAAAACAACAAUUUGAUAUUGUUUUACAUUUUUUUUUUCGUUGAGUUGUGACCUGAACUCAAAACCUGGCAAUUGAAAUAGUUAAGUGCAUUAGUUCCAAUUUCCAAAAACAAAUCAAAACCAUAUAUAUAGGGCAAAGCAACGAAUUCGCAUAAUCGCCUCAAGCCCCGUUCUAUCCUGACCUCUUUCGAUUUGCUGUGCUUUUUUGGUCCUUUUAUUUCCAUGGCUUCUUCGACCUGGACAGGAAACUACGACGUCUUCCUGAGCUUCAGAGGUGAAGACACUCGAAAGAACUUCACCGACCACCUUCAUACCGCUUUGGUUCAAAGAGGGAUCAACACCUUCAGAGAUGAUAAAGAACUUAACAGAGGAGAAGAGAUCUCGCAAGAGCUGUUGAGAGAAAUCGAAAAAUCAAGGAUCUCAAUCAUCGUUUUCUCUAAGAACUACGCUUCUUCUAGAUGGUGCCUGGAUGAACUUUCGAAAAUCAUGGAAUGCAAGAGAACGCUGGGUCAGAUGGUUCUGCCUGUCUUCUACAACAUCGGUCCGAACGACGUCCAGCAACAGACGGGUAGUUUUGCAGAAGCAUUUGCGAAACACGAAAAGAGUGAGAUGGCGGAGAAGGUGCAGAGAUGGAGGUCAGCUCUCACGGAAGCUGCAAGCUUGGCCAAGUGGGAUCUUGGCGAUGGGUAUGAAGCAAAGUUCAUAGGUGGGAUUGUUAGAGAGGUUUCGACUAAACUAAAUAAAACACACUUGGAUGUGGGUGAAUAUGUAAUUGGAAUACAUUCUCGUGUAAUACAUGUAAUUUCAUUGUUAAGUCUUUCUUCAAAUGGCAUUCGCAUCAUAGGUAUCUACGGGAUGGGAGGAAUAGGUAAGACAACCAUUGCUAAAGCUGUCUAUAACUGUAUCUAUGAAGAAUUUGAAGGCAGCAGCUUUCUUGAAGCUUCGGAGCAACAAAAUGAUUUACUUAAGUUACAAAAACAACUUCUUUCUGAAAUUCUAAAGGAAAAGGACCUGAUUAAGAUAGGAAAUGUUGACAGAGGAAUCAAUGUGAUCAAAGAGAGACUUUGUAAGAAAAAGGUUCUUAUUGUUUUGGAUGGUGUAAACAACAAGAGCCAAGUAGAUAAAUUAGUAAGGGAUCGUAGAUGGUUUGGUAAUGGCAGUAGAAUCAUCAUAACAACUAGAGAUGAGUUUUUUCUGAACUGGGUAAGAGCAGAUGAAAAAUAUAAGGUUCAAACAUUAAGCUUAAAGGACUCGAUGAAUCUCUUUAGUUUGCAUGCUUUUAAGCAAGAUCAUCUUAAAGAUGGUUAUGAGGAUCUCUCAAGGGAUGUAGUAAGAUAUGCUGGUGGAAUUCCUUUAGCUCUUGAGGUUUUAGGUUCGUUCUUAUCUCACAAAAGGGAAUGGCAAGAUGUGGUGGACAAACUAAAAAGAAUUCCAGCAGAGAGUAUUCAAGAGAAACUUAAAAUAAGUUUUGAUGCCCUAGAUGAUAAUGAGAAGUUCAUAUUCCUUGACAUUGCAUGCUUUUUCAUUGGAAUGGACAAAAACUAUGUAAGUAGAAUACUACUUGGUUGUGGUUUCUUCUCAGACAUUGGGUUAAGUUUUCUCACUCGCUUGUCUCUUGUAAGUAUCAAUAACAAGAAUGAGCUGAGAAUGCAUGAUUUGCUUCGAGACAUGGGUAGGGAAAUUGUUCGUAAAGAAUGCCCUGACUCUCCUGGAAAACGCAGCAGAUUGUGGGAUCCUGAGGAUGUUCGUGUUGUAUUGACAAGACAAAAGGGAACAGAAGAAAUUGAAGGUCUUGUAGUGAACUUUCCUCAGCCAGAAGAUUCACUCUGGAGUUCUAAAGCAUUUGCAGAUAUGAGCAAACUAAGGCUGCUCCAGCUGAAUUAUGUGCAACUCAGUGGGGACUUCAGACAUUUUUCCACCAAUAAGUUAAGUUGGCUAUGUUGGCACGGAUUCCCUUACAAGUCUAUGCCAACCAGUUUUCAUUUGGAGAAUCUCGUUAUCCUUGACAUGCAACAUAGUACCAUCAGAAAAGUUUGGAAGGAAGCCAAGUUUCUCCGAAAGUUGGAAAUCCUUAAUCUUAGUCAUUCCCAUUACUUGAAGAAAACCCCUGAUUUCUUGAAGUUCCCUAACCUCGAGAGGUUGAUUCUUGAAGACUGUAUAAGUUUGGUUGAGAUUCAUUAUUCCAUUGGGCAUCUUGAAAAGUUGGUUUCCUUGAAUCUAAGAGAUUGUACGAGUCUUAUGAAUCUUCCAAACAGCCUUGAAAAGUCGAAAUCUCUUAAACAACUAAUAACACAUGGAUGUUCAAAACUUGGCUAUGGCAUCACUACAUCACCAGCUCCAGUUUCAGGUUUACGCUUCUUAAAAAGGUUAUUUCUUAGUUAUUGCAAUAGAUUAGAAAGUUCAAUUCCAGCCGACAUUGGUAGGUUGCAGUCACUGCAAGAGUUGGAUAUAAGCUUCAAUAAGUUUUGUAGCUUACCAGACCUCAGUCACCUUUCUCAGCUUAACUCACUUGUGUUGGAUGAUUGCAACAAACUUCAAUCACUCCCAAAGCUUCCUCUGGGUUUAAAGGCCUUGCAUGCAGAUGGUUGCUCAUCGUUGAGAACAUUGUCAAAUCUGGAGAUCUUGUCCUCUUUGAAAGAGCUGCAUCUUUGCUACAACAGGUUUUCUAGCCUCCCAGACAAUAUUACUUGUCUUUCUCAGCUUCAGGACCUUUGGCUAAGUUAUAGCAGAAGGCUUAAAUCAAUCCCUGAGCUCCCACCAAGGUUAGAGAACUUGUGUGCUGAUGGUUGUGAAUUGCUGAUUCUUAAUAAUUGCAACUUGGAAUUUCAGACUCCUAAGUGGAUCGAACCAAUGCAUGCUGAUCAUAUGGCCGCAGAACACAGCGAUCCGGCUCGGGGACGUCCUCUUCCCUGUAAUAUAUUUCUUCCUGGGAGAGAUAUUCCGGGGUGGUUCAGCAAUCAAGAAGAAGGGUGUUCAGCAACUUUCAUGAUGCCUUUCGACAGGAAGGUCCGAGCUUUGAAUGUAUGCGUUGUUUAUGUAGCCAUUGCAGGAAACAGCUUGCGCUUCGAUCCUGCUGCUUCCAUACGUAUCAGCGAUUAUACCACCGAGCGUAAUUGGACCUACUCACAACGUGUUAUGCUACCAGCAAACGGUGAGCGGCACAUUUGGCUGUGUCACGUACCGCAUAAUAGCGACUGGAUGCCUCCAAUUACUAGUAAUUCCCGCAUUCGACCGGCUACCUGCUUCCGAAGCGGGCAUCGAUACGGCGUUGUUGUGGGCACGUCCAACAGUUUUCUAGUGGAGAAGUGUGCCGUGCAGCUCGUAUUUGAGGGGGAUAGCAUUGCUGAUAAACAGGGAUUGUUAUUAGUAGAUGAUAGACCAUGGGCUGAGAGGAUGAGGGUCGAAAAUGGUGACAGGGCCGAGGCCCCAAGGGUGGUCAAUUUUGCCCCUUACAUCGGACCAAUCAGGAUACCUGUCCCUUUGCCGAUAAUAAAGUUGGUACCUGAUGUGAUCACAGAUGCAGAUUAUAAUUCGGAUUGGCAAAACCUGGCAAUUGAAACGAUUAAAGGCAUCAGUUCCAAUUUCCAAAAACAAAUCAAAACAUAUAGGGCAAAGCAACGACUUCGCAGAAUAGCGUCAAGGAUCAAGCCUGUUCUACCUCUGAUCUCUCCCGAUUUCCUGUGCUUUUUUUUUCCUUUUAUUUCCAUGGCUUCUUCGACCUGGACAGGAAACUACGACGUCUUCCUGAGCUUCAGAGGUGAAGACACUCGGAAGAACUUCACGGACCACCUUUAUACCGCUUUGGGUCAAAGAGGGAUCAACACCUUCAUAGAUGAUGAAGAACUCAGCAGAGGAGAAGAGAUCUCGCCAGAGCUGUUGAGAGCAAUUGAAAAAUCAAGGAUCUCAAUCAUAGUUUUCUCCAAGAACUACGCUUCUUCUAGAUGGUGCUUGGAUGAACUUUCGAAAAUCAUUGAAUGCAAGAGAACGCUGGGUCAGGUGGUUCUGCCUGUCUUCUACGACAUCGGUCCGGACGAUGUCCAGCAACAGACGGGUAGUUUUGCAGAAGCAUUUGCGAAACACGAAGAGAGUGAGAUGGUGGAGAAGGUGCAGAGAUGGAGGUCAGCUCUCACGGAAGCUGCAAGUUUGGUCAAGUGGGAUCUUGGUGAUGGGUAUGAAGCAAAGUUCAUAGAUGGGAUUGUAAGAGAGGUUUCGACAAAACUAAAUAAAACACACUUGGAUGUGGGCAAAUAUGUAAUUGGAAUACAUUCUCGUGUAAUACAUGUAAUCUCAUUGUUAAGUCUUUCUUCAAAUGGCAUUCGCAUCAUAGGCAUCUACGGGAUGGGAGGAAUAGGUAAGACAACCAUUGCUAAAGCUGUCUAUAACUGUAUCUAUGAAGAAUUUGAAGGCAGCAGCUUUCUUGAAGCUUUGGAGCAACAAAAUGAUUUACUUAAGUUACAAAAACAACUUCUUUCUGAAAUUCUAAAGGAAAAGGACCUGAUUAAGAUAGGAAAUGUUGACAGAGGAAUCAAUGUGAUCAAAGAGAGACUUUGUAAGAAAAGGGUUCUUGUUGUUUUGGAUGGUGUAAACGAAUCGUGCCAAGUAGAUAAAUUAAUAAGGGGUUGUAGAGGGUUUGGUAAUGGUAGUAGAAUCAUCAUAACAACUAGAGAUGAGUCUUUUCUGAACCGGGUAAAAGUGGAUGAAAAAUAUAUGGUUCAAACAUUAAGCCCAGAGGACUCGAUGAAUCUCUUUAGUUUGCAUGCUUUUAAGCAGGAUCAUCCUAAAGAAGAUUAUGAGGAUCUGUCAAAGGAAGUAGUAAGAUAUGCUGGAGGGCUUCCUUUAGCUCUUGAGGUUUUAGGUUCACUUUUAUCUCACAAAAGGGAAUGGCAUAAUGUGGUGGACCAGCUAAAACGAAUUCCUCAAGCUAGUAUUCAAGAGAAACUUAAAAUAAGUUUUGAUGCCCUAGAUGAUAAUGAGAAGUUUAUAUUCCUUGACAUUGCAUGCUUCUUCAUUGGAAUGGACAGAAACUAUGUAAGUAAAAUACUACAUGGCUGUGAUUUCUUCCCAGAAAUUGGGUUGAGUAUUCUCACUCGCUUGUCUCUUGUAAGCAUCAAUUACAAGAAUCAACUAAGAAUGCAUGAUUUACUUCGAGACAUGGGGAGGGAAAUUGUUCGUGAAAAAUACCCAGACUCUCCUGAAAAACGCAGCAGAUUGUGGGACCCUGACGAUGUUCGUGUUGUAUUGACAAGACAAAACGGAACAGCAGAAAUUGAAGGUCUUGUAGUGAACUUUCCUCAGCCAAAAGACUCACAAUGGAGUACUAAAGCAUUUGCAGAUAUGAGCAAACUAAGGCUGCUCCAGCUAAAUUAUGUGCAACUCAGAGGGGACUUUAGACAUUUUUCCACCAAUGAGUUAAGUUGGCUAUGUUGGCACGGGUUCCCUUACAAGUCUAUCCCAACCAGUUUUCAUUUGGAGAAUCUCGUUAUCCUUGACAUGCAAUAUAGUACCAUCAGAAAAGUUUGGAAGGAAGCCAAGUUUCUCAAAAAGUUGGAAAUCCUUAAUCUUAGUCACUCCCAUUGCUUGAAGAAAACCCCUGAUUUCUUGGAGCUACCUAAUCUUGAGAAGUUGAUUCUUGAAGAUUGUACAAGUUUGGUUCAGAUUCACCAUUCCAUUGGACAUCUUGAAAAGCUUGUUUUCUUGAAUCUAAGAGAUUGCACGAGUCUGAUGAAUCUUCCAAGUAGCCUUGAAGAGUCGAAAUCUCUUAGACAGCUUAUAAUAUCUGGAUGUUCAAAACUUGGCUGUGGUAUCACUACAUCACCAGCUCCAGUUUCAGGUUUACACUUGUUAAGAAGGUUAUGUCUUAGUUACUGCAAUACACUAGAAAGUGCAAUUCCAGCUGAUAUUGGGAGAUUACAGUCAUUGCAAGAGUUAGAUCUAAGCUCCAAUGCAUUUUGUAGCUUACCAGACCUCAAUCACCUUUCUGAGCUUAAGUUGCUUGUGUUGGAUGAUUGCAACAAACUUCAAUCACUUCCAGAGCUUCCUCUGAAUUUGAAGGCCUUGCAUGCAGACAGUUGGUCGUUGAAAACAUUGACAAAUCUAGAGACAUUGUCCUCGUUGAAAGAGCUGCGUCUUUGCUGGAACAGAUUUUCUAGCCUACCAGUCAGCAUCAAUCGUCUUUCUCAGCUUCAGGAACUUUGGUUAAGUAAUAGCAAAAAACUUCAAUCAAUCCCUGAGCUCCCACCAAGGUUGGAGAACUUGUGUGCCGAUGGUUGUACAUCGAUGAUGCGUUAUAAUAAUAAUUUGGAAUUUUUGACUCCUGAGUGGAUGGAUCGACCACAUGCUGAUCACAGAGCAGGACAUGGCGAUAUGGAACUUCCUCGCCCCUGUAAUAUAUUCCUUCCCGGGAGAGAGAUUCCAAGUUGGUUCAGCUAUCCGAAAAAAGGGCGUUCAGCAACUUUCACGGUGCCUUUCGACAGGAAGAUCCGAGGUUUGAAUGUAUGCGCUGUUUAUGCCACCGCCAAUGGAAACACAUUGGAUUUUGAUUAUGCUGCUUUCAUAAGUAUCAAUGAUAAAACCGCUCAACGUAGUUGGACCUACAGACAGCGUGUUAUGCUUCCGGCAAACUAUCGACGUCACAUUUGGCUAUGCCACAUACCGCAUAACAGCGAUUGGAUGCCUCCGAUUCACAGUAAAUCCCGAGUUCAACCCUCCACCUGCUUCCGAGGAGGGAAUCGAUACAAAGUCCUCGUAAGCACGUCGAACAGUUUCGUAGUGUUGAAGUGUGCGGUGCAACUAGUAUUUGAGGGGAACAGCAAUGCCGAUAGACGUGGAUUGUUAUUAAUCGAUGAUGUACCAUGGGCUGAGAAGAUAAGAGCCCAUGAUGAUGUAGAUGCGAGAUGUCGUGGUAGCCCAUCUGACAGGGGCGUGCCCACAAACAAUGUCAAAUGGGCCCCUUACAUCGGCCCAAUCACAAUCAGGCAACGUGUCGCUUUACCAUCAAUGUUGCUCAUGCAUCCAGAUCCUCCCUAUGAUGAUCUAAUAGAAGCUAUAGACCACGAACAAGCCAACAAUCAAAGUAAAAAGCAAACCAGUCACUGUUUUGAAUUUAUAACAGAAAGCAAUUGUGCCCGUGUUUUAUUGGGUAUUAUAACAAGAUGCUGCGACCAUACAGAUCCGACCUCGCCAAGAUGAGGUGGAUUUGUGUGUGUUUGUGUGUUGUUUUAGCUAGA